AUGGAUACUAUCUCUGCGCUAUGGAAGCUCAACACGUUGGAAAGCGCAAAUAGCUACCUGAACAGCCAUGAGUCCAAUCCUCCCCGUCUACACCACUUUAUCGAUGGCUCCUUCGGUACAAAUUCAGACUCAGAGAGUUGGAUUGAGUCGCUAAACCCCUGUUCUGGGAAGCUUCUCGUGCAAAUUCCCAGCGGCACGGUGACCGAUGUGGACCGCGCUGUAGAUGCGGCUUCAAGAGCGUUCCAAGCGUGGUCGAAGACAUCGCGACACGAGAGAUCCCAGGUCUUAAUAAGGAUUUCUGAUAUUCUUGACGAACAAAAAGAACUCUUUGCGGAGAUGCUGAGAGACUGUCUUUCCAGAUACUUUGCUACAUACAUUCUCCACGAAGAGGGCGCAGUGCGAUACGUUGAUGGACAGCCAUCCACCUUGACGUAUGAACAUCGAUCGCCCCUUGGGGUAUUUGGGCUCAUCUCGCCAUGGAACAUGCCACUGUAUCUUCUAACUUGGAAGAUUGCUCCUUGUAUCGCCUUUGGAUGUACAGGUGUGGCAAAGCCAAGCGAGGUUACCAGCAUAACGGCCUUCUUGCUAUGUGAAGUAUUCCGGCAAGCGAAGCUACCAGUCGGCGUGAUGAAUCUUGUCUUUGGCGAUGGCCCAGGUACUGGCUCGACGCUCGUCAAGUCGCCGCGCGUGCGAGGAGUAUCGUUCACCGGCGGAACCAGCACAGGCAUCCGCAUCCGACAAGAUACCGUGGCCGAUAUUGGAAAGCACCUAUCCCUUGAGCUAGGUGGGAAAAACCCAGCCUUGGUGUUCGAUGAUGUCGACCUGACCAAGGCUGUGCCUCUUGCUGCUCGCGCGGCUUUUGAGAACAGUGGGCAGAUCUGCCUGUGCGGCUCACGCAUCUACGUCCAGCGCGCAGUGUACGGGGAAUUCCUGUCCGCGCUGGCGGCAUACGUCAAAACCCAUUACAAGCUCGGGGAAACGAUGGGUCCAGUUGUUUCGCGGGAGCACUACAUGAAGGUUCGAUCCUAUCUGGUGCAAGCGUGGGAAGAGAAGGCCGUCUUCCACACUGGGGAGCUACCAGACGAAGCGCCUCAGCAGGGCUUCUGGAUUGCACCGACUGUCCUUAGUGGCCUUAACACCGAUAGUCGGGUUAUGCGCGAAGAAAUUUUUGGACCCGUCGUCACUGUAUGUGCCUUCGAUACAGAAGAAGAGGCGGUUGCGUUGGCAAACGACAAUCCCAAUGGCUUGGCCAGCAUUGUCAUGACCAACGACCUGGCCCGAAUGCGUCGGGUAGGCGAAUGUAUUGAUUCUGGAUUGGUUUGGGUCAAUUGUUGGCUGGUCCGGGAACUCGGCACGGGAUUUGGAGGCAUGAAGGCGUCUGGCACUGGCCGUGAAGGCGGAGCGUACAGCCGCGAUGUCUUCACCAAUCUGCGUACCCUUCAUGUAUCGCACUCUUAG